GUAUCAUUACACACAAACCUAGGCGAUUUAAAUGUUGAACUUUAUCCAUAUCUUUGUCCACAAACAUGUGAUAAUUUCCUGAGUUUGUGUUCAAGAGGAUAUUACAAUGGAGUUAAAUUUCAUAGACUCAUUAAAGGAUUUAUGAUUCAAGGAGGUGAUCCAACUGGAACAGGUAGAGGAGGGAAGAGUAUUUGGGGAGGUGAGUUUAAGGAUGAAAUCUCACCAAAACUUCGUCAUGACACAAUUGGAACUCUAAGUAUGGCUAAUAAGGGACCAAAUACUAAUUCUAGCCAAUUUUUCAUUACAUUCAAGGAAACUCCUCAUUUGGAUAAUAAGCAUACAGUAUUUGGAAAAUUAGUCGGUGGAUUAAAAUUACUUCAAAAGAUUGAAAAUAUUCCAGUAGAUGAUGAAGAUAAACCAUUGGAAGAUGUACAAAUUGAAAAUAUCUCUAUAUUUUACAAUCCAUUCACUGAGGAU